AACUGGACCUGUCAGACACCUCCAGGCCCAACCGCAAUCCACUGCUGGAGCUCCUGCCUCCAACCGCUGGCUCAGCCACCGUGGAACGCAAGGACUGUGAUGGCCUCGCUCUCCUGCGUGAUCCCGCCACGUACGCACCUUGCCGGAUGAUGUCUCGGUUCGAAGUGCGCACGCCGCGUGGCGUGUGCAAUGACGACACUUCCUGUUGGCGUGGAAGAGAAGCGCAUGGGCUCUGCGAUCUUUCGGUCAUUGCUGCCGGCGCCAUCUUGGAUCAGUGCACCGCCGACUUCACCAGCCUGAUUCCGCUGCCUCUACAGAUGGCUGCUCAGGGUGUGCGGCCAGGCUGCCACCUCGCCUGUGCCGCUCGCUGUGUCGCACCAGGCUGGGAGAUAGGUGGGAUGGAGGACUCAAUCUCCUGGCCCUCCACCCGCCAGGAACAUCAGUCCGACCAGUCAUCUCUCCCUCAGCUGGGCCAACUGUCCUCACGCCCGACACGAGCUCGUCCAGGGCACCCUGGCCGUGCACCUCCAGGUAGGAUUGCAGGAGCCUCUGCAGGUCAGCUUCUGGGUCAAUCGGAGCAGCCAUAA